UGUCGCUUAACGGCUCUGCAGGCAAACUUUGAGAUUGGCCAUUUGCAAACAAGCAACCGAAGAGAAGACGCCCCAAUAGUGCCACUCCUGAUACCUACGAUAAUGCCCACCAAGAAGCGCCGCAUUGACGAGACGUCGCUCGAACAGUACUCGGACGACUCAGACAACGGCGAGGUCGAAGACGACAGCAUUGCCGUGCUGUUCAAGUGGAACAUGACUGAAACGACAGCGUUCCUCGACGCUGUCAACAACCAAAUUGGUGCCGGCAACCAUCCCACCCCCGUCUGGAUGCGAGCGCAGCCCCACAUCUUCACCUUCAUCUCGUUCACCGACGAUUUGUUCGAGUACCUCAAGCCCAACGCUCCCGCCCACAGAGUGGCGCCGGUCUGGAUCGCACCCAACUCGCUUGAAGAUUACCACAACAUCGGCGUUCGUCUGCGCGAUGUUGAAUUCGAUCCGCUCAUCCAGGCGGCCAUGGCGGCGCUACCACCGGGCCAGUGCCUGGCCGAGGUAUUCCAUUUGUCGGAUAGAUCCUAUAAUGCCCGCCUGAUGGGCGGCCCAGGGGGCCGCAUCGCCCCACCGGCGCCGUUGCGCCGCGUAUUCGGCUAAAGCCGACAGUUAACAUGAUGGUCGUUUAUCGCCCAGAGCCG